CACCACCAUCACAGCCGGCCACCCGCCAUGGGGCCGAAGCGUAAAGCAUCCCCGGGCUCCGACCCGCCCGCUCCCGCACCCGCCUCACCUCCUCUCCCACGACCUGACCGCGACUUCGCCUCGCGAGCGCACGAUGCGAGCAACAGCACCGCCCGAAAGCAAGCCGCCGCGGACCGCCGCUUCCGCGAGCUGUACCACGCCCGCGCCCCAGACUUUGCGGACCUGUCGCGCCGCGAUCCCAACUUUGCCGCCGUGACCAAGGGCCGCGAGCUUGACUUUAACGACCCGAAGGCCGUCAUGCAGCUCACCAAGACGCUGCUGAAGCUCGACUUUGGGAUUAAGCUGGAGCUGCCAGACGACAGGCUAUGUCCUCCGGUUCCGAACCGGCACAACUACAUCCUCUGGCUCAAAGACCUGCUCGACACCUCAUCGUACAGCCCGCCCGGCCAGAAGCUCGUCGGCCUUGAUGUUGGCACAGGGGCGAGCUGCAUCUACCCCCUUCUCGGAUGCACACAGCGGCCCUGGUCUUUUAUCGCAACCGACACCGACGCAGAGAGCACAUCUUGGGCCAGGAAAAACGUCGAGCUCAAUGACCUUGCUGCCCGCAUCACCGUCUCUCAUCGGGACCCAUCCUCACCCCUCCUCCCACUUGACGACCUCGGCCUUACCUCUCUCGACUUCUGCAUGACCAACCCGCCCUUUUACGCCUCUGAGAAAGACAUGCUCGCUAGCGCGGCGCUCAAGGCCCGGCCACCGCGCACCGCCUGCACCGGCUCCCCCGCCGAGAUGGUCACACCCGGCGGCGAGGUCGGCUUCGUGAGUCGCCUGGUCGACGAGUCGCUCGCACUGCGCGACCGCGUGCGCUGGUACACGGCCAUGCUAGGCUUCUUGUCGAGCGUCGCCGAUGUGGUGGCCCGGCUGCGCGACAGUGGCGUCGACAACUUUGCCGUCACCGAGUUCGUCCAGGGGAACAAGACGCGGAGGUGGGCCGUGGCCUGGAGCUUCGCGCCCAUGAGGCCGGCGCAGGCCGUCGCGCGCGGGACCAAGGCCGCGACCGCGAAGCUGGGCAGCAGCGGCAGCAUCUUGCCGCCGCAGACGGAAUACCACCUGCCCGUGCAGCCGCUGCCCAGUGACAUUGGCGCAUUCGUGCAGCAUGUGCGCGAUGCCAUGGUCGCUUUGGAGCUCAUGUCCUGGGAGUGGGACAGCGAGGCCAUGGAGGGGACCGGACGGGCCGCGGAUCGCGUCUGGGCGCGGGCGUGGCGGCGCAAGAAGAAGCGCGCGGAGGCAGAGGCCAAGGAGAAGGGAACGGCGAAAGCAGACGCAGAAGGAGAGGCAAAACAGAACAUGGCCGAACCGGUCUGUGCGUUCGGGUUCAGGGUGCGGAUGCGAGUAGCCCUCGACCACCUCGACGUGCAGUGUCGGUGGAUGGAGGGCUUCGACGCCGUCGCGUUCGAGAGCUUUCAGGGGUUCCUCAAGACGACUGUAGAGGCGGCGACUGCUAGAGCGAAGGAACCCAAGUGAAAAUGAAGGCCUGAACUCAACAAAGUGCCAUGCCGACACCAGAAGCUAUGCCACCCACUUACUUACAUCUUGUGCCUGCUGCGUCCAGCUCUCGACGUGGACACUGCCGCCAUAUACCUCGACUCUGUUGGACUCAACUCUGUCCGUCUACUUUUCCAACGUGAACCCUUCCGGCAAGUGCUCGUUGUAGCCAGCCGCCACCAGCCGCUCCAUGGCCGCCCAGACGUCGGGCGGGAUCUCCUGCUCGACCUGGAACCCGCGCGCGGGGUAGUCGCGUAUGCGGACGAGGUCCCCGACCAUGACGUUGAGGACCAGACGACGGGGGUUUUCCGCGUCGGGGUAGUCUUCGAAGGCGUCGAAGCGCGGCGACGUGACGCACAUGCGCACCGCCCCGUCCUCCUCGCCAUCACCGCCAUUGCCAUCGCCAUCGCCAUCAGCGCCGGGCCACUGCCUGCGAAACGUAGCCCACGUGCGACGCUCCAUGUACGGCUUCUGGACGAGGAUGAGGGAGCGCGCGGGGACGCCCCGCUCGCGCAGCAGGG